AUGAAUGCGGUCACACACAUAUCAUUCAAUACCCAUGUACUGGUGAGACUUCCAUCCAACAAUCUCAAAAUCUGCGAGCUAAAGCCAGACAGUGACAUUUCCCUGGGAAAAUUUGGGGCUUUCAAAACUAAUGAUAUUAUUGGCUUUCCAUUUGGAACGACAUUUGAAAUCCAUUACGAUAAUGCAGUCGACGAUAAUGUAGCUGGCACGGGUAGUGACAGCACGUCGAGAAGCUCUAAAAACAAAUUCAAAAUACCAGUGGGUACUAUCAGUGUCAUAGAAAGUGGCGUGGCCAGUAGGUCCGGUUCAGACGAAGAAUUUACGCCGCAGCCCGAAUUACAGCUGAUUGGUAACAGCGAUUCCAAUAAAAACCUGAUCAACGUUGGCAACAGCAUUCAAAAGCUCACUACGGAGGAAAUUGAGCUGCUCAAGCAGCAGAGUGCUUCCGGCGAAGACAUCAUCAAUAAAAUGAUCGAAGCUCACGGUAGUUUUCAUCAGAAAACUGUUUACUCUCAAGAGAAGUACCUCAAACGCAAGAAACAAAAAUUCGCCAAACGCUUCACUGUGGAGUACUUGAGCAGCUCUGGACUUUUGCAAUAUUUGCUGGAUAAAGGAGACGUUACUCGUGCCCUGGACAUGUCAGAAGAAAGCUUGGGUAUGAUACUCAACCUAGCCAACAUACGGUCCAACGGGACAUAUCUAUGCGUGGACGAAACUGGUGGUCUACUGGUUUAUGCACUUUUAGAAAGAAUGUUUGGUGGCAGCAACGAUAACGAAGCUGCUGGGAAGAUCAUUGUGGUGCACGAGAAUGAGCAUGCAAACCUGGAUCUGCUUAAAUUCUCUAAUUACACUGAGGAAUUCAUGCAAAAACAUAUCAAGACCGUGUCAAUCUUGGACUAUUUUGAGCCUCCUACAUUAUCGGAAGUUCAAGAAGCAUUUACGCCGCUCUCAGAUGACCAGUUGAAAGCCAUGAAAAGCAACAAAAAGGGCGCUUAUUACCGCCGCCUGAAAUGGUACACCGGUCAACUGGACAUCAUUGAUUGGGCUACUAAACUUCAGUACGAUGGCUUGGUGGUGGCAUCCACUUUACAUCUGCCCACUUUCAUACCGAGACUGGGCCAAAGAGUCCACGGCUCAAGACCUAUCGUCUGCUACAGUCAGUUCAAGGAGUCCGUUUUAGAAUUAUCGCACGCUCUGUACAGCGAUCUACGGUACCUUGCCCCAACUAUCGUGGAAACUCGUUGUAGGCCAUUCCAAACUAUUCGGGGACGUCUUCACCCGCUUAUGACUAUGAGAGGUGGUGGUGGAUAUCUUAUGUGGUGUCACAAAGUGAUACCAACAGACCCGUCAGAGGUAAAGGCCCCGCUUCCGCUCGUCUCCGCAAACCCAGAAGCAACGGUGACUGAAGCGAAAAAACAAAAGAUAGAAUAA